UGCUGCAUAUUGGCAGUGUCGUCUGGUAUCGGAAUCUUCUCAAAUUUUCUUUUUGAACGGAAUCAAUAUAAAAAUGAGUAAAGAUAAAAUUUCAGCACAAAUAUAUGAUUUGACUCCUAAAGAAAAAGAAAUUAUCGAAUGGAGAGCUCAAAAACGAUUGCAAUUACGGAAUGAGUACUUGAGAGAAGUUCAUAAUCCAAACUGUAAAUUUGAGGGAACUUUAUUUGAUCCACAAAUUCAACGUCAGUACACGGCAUACUUUUCGUAUGAAAAGGUAUGGAAACCAAAGAUAAAAAAUUUCUUGUGGUUUACUGGUCUGGUAUUUGGAUCUUGGGCAUCUCUUUAUUUCAUCCUAAAGCGUGAUCGGGAUAACAAGGAAAAUAAAUACAGAACUGGUCUGAUCAGUUAUAGAGACAGAGAAGCAAAGUUUAUAUAAAUAUAAAAUUAAAUUGAUCCUAGAUAAAGUAGAUAAUAUGUUUAAAUAAAUCUAAAUAAUUAUUAAUUAUG